CAACAAUGCAAAUUGAAAACAAGUAUAAGUGACGUAAUACCUGUUGGUGAAGUCUUGUUGAUGCUUGAUAUUUUCUGUAUUCCUCAGGAAAUAAAUUAUCUCUGAGAAAUAAUUUUAUAAAUUUCUCACGAAAAGCUUGGAAAUCUCGCCAGCCUUCUCUUUUUUUCAAUCGAAAAAAAGGUUUGAUUCAAUUUUUGUUGCUAAAAAUACCUGUUUUUACAUGAAUCAUUUGAGAAAGUGAUGUUAGAAAACGAUCAAUUUCAUUAGAAGUACUUCUCAUGGCGAGAAUUAAUCCUCGAGCCAAAAAUAUACCAUCUAAGAAUGAAUUGGUUGUUUCUAAUGAAGAGAACUCUCCUUUAUUAAAUGCAUUCACUAGAGCCUUGAGCAGUGCAUUAGACGAAUCUUCAGAGCGUCUAAUUAGGGCCAGUAGACCUAGGAAAAACAAAACUUGGAAAUAUCAAAAAGCGAAAAAUGAAAAAGUGAAAAAAAGUAAUUGUGUUUCAAAAUCCAUCAAAUCUAGUGCCAAGAGUGAUUCUGAUUCCAGUUUGGACAAUUGGAUUGAUCAUCAAAUGGAUGUUAGUCGAAAAGUGUUCAGCCAUUGCACUGAUUCUGAUGAAUUUAAUAAGUCUUUCCCCAAUUUUCCUGAAUGGAGAACUUGUUUAAGUAUUGGUGAAUCUGAUUCUAUUACAGAGAGUGCCCAUCGUACUCGCAUACCUAGAAGAAAACGUAAAUUUAAACGAAUGGCUAUCGAUUCUCCUGCCAAAAAUACAUUCAUACCGAUCUCUCGUAGUGAUGUGCUGUCUCCUAAAAGUAAACGAAAUCGUAAUCCAAAAUUGCAAAAAAACUUAAAAGUUCAAGUUAAAGGCAACAAUGUCUCUAAGCUGCCUUGUCCACGAAUAGCUUCAAAGAUGAAAAGAGUGUGCCCAAAUGUAUCCCGUGAAAGCAGUGCUUAUGGAAAGCGAAAACGCAAAGUAAAGAAAUUUGAAUGUAAUUUUUACAAUCCAAACCUGCACCCUCUUACUUGGGAAUCUGCUGAUUUUGUAAUAGAUAGUUCUGAAGAUUGCCUAGCUUCAAGACACAGUAGUAGUGAAAGUGAAUGUGAACUGUCUACUAAUGAUGAAAGUAGAGAAGCUGAUGAUGAGCAAAGUGACUUUUUUUGUGAAACUGGAGCAUCACACAAUGUACUUAAAUCAGAAGAGGAAUGUGAUGAUGAUGAUGAAGAUGAGGAUAGUGAUGAUGAAACAGGCUUACUAUGCCACCUUCUAGAAGUGAGAUUUGAUUACAUCCCUGCAUUCCGAUCUAUGCAUCAAAGAAGUCGGAAAAAAAUGUAUGAAGCAUUAAAGAAAAAAGUUGAAGAAAAUGGAGGAAAUGUAGAAGCUAAUCAGAAGAGACUUUUGAAAGCAUAUCAAUCAUUUUCAUAUCUGACUGAAGAGGAUUUACUAGCUGAUGUGAUAUUCCAAAAUAAUCAUUCCUCCAAUGUGAAAUAAGAACUAGUGUAAUGCAUCACUGUCUUAGCCCUGUGAAGUUUAUAGAAGUGGAUGUUAUUCUUAUUUUUGUCCCUUAAGGAGAGUCAACUGUUACUUUUGGGUCAAUAUUAUUAUUCUACGUGUCUUGAUGACCAGUUUCAGACCAAGUUUAAGAAAUUCUCAAUCUACGUAAUGAAUUACUGAUCUUCUAUAACUUUCUUCACUUCUCUCUUGUUAUAAUACAUAUUUUGAUACAGAUGUUAGUUCAAACUUUCAGUAAGUAAAUUUUUUUCAAAACAUUUCUUCAGUAAUACAUUUCGAUUUCAAAAGUUAAAUUUUCUGAAUUUAGAAAUAACCCUGGUUUAAAAUAUUCUGAAAGACUAGAGGAUUUAAAUCACACAAGAAUACUGUGGAACUCAAUUCAGUACUUUUUCUUAAAAAAAAAAAAUAAUAAUAAAUAAAUGAAAACAUCUUAAAUUUUAACAUAGACUGAAUAUGAACAGCUGACUCCCUUUAAGUCUUGUCAGAUUUCUUAUUAAAACUGAAACUACACUUUUUGAUACUAAUUUUUGUAUAAAGCUAUUUUUUUAUUUAUAUAUAAAUGUUUAUUAUGUGAUAAUAAAGUUUUCUCAGGAGCUAAAUUCCUGAUUAAUAUAUAAACUGUUAAAAAAGAGUGUUACGAAGUAUGGUACUUUUUUUUAUGUGAGUAAAGUUUUCAGUUACAUUCUUGGCUGAUAUAUUAAGUAAGUUCUAAACUUAUGAAUGAUAUUGAGGAUAAAUAAAAAUUUUAUGGCUCUUAAGAUUUUGUGUUCAUGAAGGUACUUAGUCAUUCUUUCUAGUUGUCCUAAUUUUGUUAAAUAAUUUAGAUUUUUUGUAAGUUAAAAAUUAUAAGACUAAAAUAUAUCAUGCUUAAUAUUUAAAAAACUAGUAAUUUUGUAUUAUAUUUCCCAGCUGCUAAAAUUCUGAUUAAUAUAAAAACUGUAAAAAGAAUGUUAAGCAGUAAGAUUCUUUUUCUUCUUUUUUUAAAAUGUGAAUGAAGUUUUCAGUUUUACAAGUUCUUGACUUAUCAAUGAUAUUGUGGAUAAAUAUUAUUUUUGUCACUCUUAAGAUUUUGUGCUCAUGAAGGUACUCAAUCUUUUCAGUUGUCAUAUUAUUGUUAAAUAAUAGUGCAUAGUUGUAUGUUGAAAAGUAUAAGACCAAAAAAUAUUAUGCUAUAUACCAAAAAGGUAGUAAUUUUAUAUUGUAUUAUAAAAUUAAUAAUUGACAAGUAUUCUGUUAACCAUAAUUUCAAAAUCAACUUUCAUUUUUACUGAAAACAGUCAUUUAUUGAAUUAUUAUGUUAAAAUAAGGUGUCUGAAACAAAUUCAUGCUCAUUAAACUAUGAUUUGUGUUCUUAUUCAAAAUGAGUAAAUCAGAUCAAAGCUUAACCCCAUCCUGCCCCCAUCAGUGGGUAUCCGGAGAAUACUGUAGACUCUAAGUACAUGCACGUGACCUCUCAGUAAAAAAAAAAAAAAAAAANGAGGAUUCAAAAAAGUAGGCUUGGUGGAGAUCCAUGGCAACAUCAGAAGGCCUCUAGGAAUUUAGUGAAAUCUUGAAAUUAACAACAGUAGUUACUCAGAAAAUAGAAUUUAGGAGUUUGAGUGUUCAAACAUAAUAGGCAAGACAUCAGAAAAAAGGUAACAAACAUAUUGUGAUGAUGAAAAGUACCAGAAUUUGUCCAAAGCCCAUGAAAACAGAUACAAUUUCAGAACGAAGAGUUACAGCAAAUGAGUACAUCAGAUGAAGUUUGUAAUAAUUUAUUCAGAGAAAAUAUUUAUUUGAGCAUUUAGUGAAGUAAUUUUGUUUCUCAAUGUUGUUUCGCUAUAUGCUUACUAGAGAUUUUAUGCUUACUGGAGAUUUGCUUACUUGAGCCUACUUGGCAGAUUUCAAUUACUCACAGCAGACAAACCAAAUUCACUACUCGGUAUCGGGUAUCUUUAUCCGGUUUUUAGUAUCAAGACCUGGUACCUGGAUUAGGCUAAAUUUACUGUGUAUUCAGCGUGGGAUAACAUUAAUUUAUGUUCAAUACAACCACAUUCAGAUUUAUAAUACCUUAAAACUAUUACGAAUAACUAACUUAUUCAGUACCUUAAAAUCAUUUAUGAAAAUAAUAAUCAUUGUUUCAAAAAUCCGUGUAUAGUAAACUUCAGAUUAUCCGCGAAAUUGGGUGGCCCACAAAGCGUAGAUAAGCAAAUUUGCGGAUAAUCUUCAAUACGCUUAAAAAAGACAGCCAUCGACGUUUUUUUUUUUAAAAAAAUAUAAAUGAUAAAUUUCAUUAUACAUUAUUAGCAGUUUCCUUAUGCAAAUUUUUUAUUUCUAUAUGAAAAAGCCUGAUAUGCUAUUGAAAAAAGAACACAAUGCUCAAAACACAUGAGUUAGGCUUUUCUCUUAAGCUAGUUCUUACAGCAUAUACAUGAUUUUUAGAAACUUUUAUUAGUAACAAAACUAAAAAUAAACGACUAGCUACAAUUCUGAAAUCAUGCAUAUGGCCCAUAAAUUAUUCAAUGCCUUGCUUCAUUCUUUUUUUUUUUUUCGGGAUAUAAGUGUUGUGUGGAGACCAUCCUUAUUUGUUAGCUAUGGAUUUUCUAACUGAUAAGAAUUCUAAGAAUGUCUUACAUGUUGACUAAAUAAAUGACUGAGGAUAAUUCAUUCUCAUUCAUAAUAUGAAGGCAAGAUUGGAAAAACUAAAUUUUGUUACUUGCUAUUUAUAUCAUUGCUUUAAAUAACAAUACGAUCCAGGAGAAGAAACUGCUUUGAUUGGGUGUGGAAUCUAUUUAUUGAAAUUUGAACUUCAUUCUCUAUUUAUAGUUAGACAGCUGUAAAUCAUAACUCCUGUCGUUUUGCUCUUUAUGAAUGCCUCACCAGUUAUUACCCUUUCAAUUCUCCUUCUAACUUAGGUAUAGCACUUGAUGCUGCAUUGUUUAUAUGUAGACCCAUUAUUUGAUUAAUUGUGAACUCCUGGGCUACUAACUUGAAUGUUUGCUGGUUUGUUGUUCUCAAAACUCUUAAAAAGUUCCAUCUCUAUGAAUUUAUUUUUAAUUCUAAAUGCUAUAUUAUUUAUCAUUGCAAAAAAAAAAAAAAAAUUGAAGCGUGGAUGAUCCACCCGCAGAUAAUCGGGAGUUUACUGUAUUUCUACAGUUUCUUAAUAAUCAAGCUGGUUUAGGCACGAUAUGUUUUAUUUUAGUGCAAAACUUUUAUUCAGGAAUACCUUAGUAAAAAGGACACCUUUGCAGCAGAGAAAUAUAAACUCACUUAAGAGAGAAGCCUACUUCAGAAAAGGACGUACAAGUUCAAAAAUUUAAUGCUGAAAAUCAUUUUAAUCAAAUUAAUAUGAUAAUAAAUAAAUACUAAGUUAGAAAUAAUGAAUAAGAUUGAUGUUUAUUUAAAUUUAAUAAAAGCAUAAUGAUUGAAAUCCAAAGAUAACUAUUGAAAAAUUGGAUGUAUUUGUAUUAUUCUCAUACUAAAUUUGCUUUCAAUGUAUGCAAUUAUUGAGAUUGUAUAAGCAAUUAUAUGUUUUUAAUAUUUGAGUUUGUAUGCGUAGUAUUUUAUAUAAGUUAUAAUAGACAACAUUGCAAACAGAACAUAAAUAUAUUCUUACAAAUAACACAGUAAUUAAUCUAAUGCUAUGACUAAUUUAAAUAUCAUUGGAGAUAAUAUCCAUUGUAAACAAGACCACAUCUUAUAGCUGAUAAAAUAUUUUUAACAUAAAUUGAUAAAUUAAUUUAAUAAAGUAAAAAAAAAUUUUUUUAUUUAUUUGUAAACUACUAAAAAUAAAACUCAUUUUGGAUACAUUUUAUUACAUUUUUAGCAUAAGUUGAUUUACAUUUCCUAUUAAGGCAUAGAGGAGGAAGCAUACACAAGUAAAAUUGGCCAUUGGUAACUGUAAUCUAAAUUUUAGUUAGAAAACAUAUAGUGAAGCAAAAACACAACAUGAAAGCACUGAAAUUGCUUUAUUCAUGCAAAUUAGUUCCUUGUUUUUUUUAAUUUUUUUUAAUCUGUCUCUAUCUCUUAGGUGUUCAAAGUUACAAGGAUACAGAGAUAGAUCAGCAAACUACUGUAUAAAACUUUUGUUCAAUGUUAGUUAUAAUAUCCUACGUUUAACAGAAAAUACUGAAAUUUUUAAUACUAUUUAUUAAUGGAAGUCAAACAAAAAAUUAAUUUAUUCAAAAGUCAACUGUUAGCAGAUGAAACAGUAAUAAAAUUCUUUAAUGUAACUAGCAAAAAAUGUUUCAAUUUCUCAAUUUCAAUUUUCUAGUACAGAUUUUAAAAAAAUUGUUAAAUGUAACAUAUUAAAAAAAAAAACAUUCCAAUAGUUUAUGAUGAAAAUAUAUAACUAUUAAUCAAAUUCGACAUUCAUUUAUGAGCGAUCUCAACAUAUUUUUGUCUAUUACUUACCAUUAUUUAAUAUUAACCUCUUAACGCACAGAUUUUUUGAAAGAAACCGGCCAAAAAAAAUCACUUUUUAUAAAUGUAAAAAAGCACACUUUAGAACAUUGUCUUUUCUUUCGGUGGACAAUUUUGAUAUACUGCGCUUUUGUUCCAUUGAAAAAAGGCUAUAUUUUAUUCUUGAAUAAAUAAGUGUUAUGGCUUACAAUCCUAUGUAAAUGAUAAAUAUCAAUAAAACAAUUUUUUUUCCUUAGCUUUGUUAUUUUGUACAUUGUUAUUUUCAAUUCUCGAUUGUAUUUGAGUGUGAAAGAUUAUCGCAGCAUAAAAUAUAACGUCGCUCGAAUUAUCUUGAGUGUGCACAGUUUGACCUGUUUAGCGCACUCAAAUUAACUCGAACGCAGAAGUUAAGGGGUUAAUUUACAAACAUUUUUCUUUAUUUUUAUUCAGAUAUCAGUUUUAAUUAUAUGUUAGAUAGAUUUUAAUAUUUGUUUAAAAAAAUAGCUUUUUAGAAUACACAUUAAAGAAAUAGGAUAGUCUUACAAUGCCUUUUGUACAGUGCAUCAAAAAAAUACGGACGGCCCUGAAUAACUAUUGAUCUAAUUAUCCGAUCUUCACAUUCUUUGACUUAUUCUGAAUGAUUCAAGGGGGUGGUCUCAAAUACAAUCUAAUUAAUUAAUGCAGACAGUGUUUUAAGUUACAAAAUCAAACACAAAAACGUACUUUCUCUGAAUAAACAUAUUUUUUUCUUCGACAGAAUCAAAUUUCUAGCUCAAAAAUGUAGGGGGUAGCCUCAGUCCAGAAAAUAUGGUCCCCAUAGUUUGAUCAGGAGAGCAAUCUAAAAUUUGGACCGCUCUCCUGACCAAACUAUUUGGAUCAUAUUUCCCAGAUUGUGGCUAUCCCCUAUAUUUUAGGUGUCAGAAUCCGAAUACGUCGAAAAAAAGGUGUGUUUAUUGAGAGAAAGUAAGUUUUGUGUCUGAUUUCAUAACUUAAAAUAUCGUCUGCUCUAAUCUAUCAGCAUAUUUGAGGUCAUUCUCUCAAGCCAUUAAGAUUGAAUCCUAGAAUGUAAAGAUCAUCAGAUCGUUAGAUUGAAAGUUAUUUAAGGGUGGUCCGUUUUUUAUUUUGCGCACUGUACACUUUAGUCAUCAGUGUGAAAAUGCAUUUUGAAUUUUAAAUGCUGUUAACACCUCAAAAUAUUGUUGCACUGAAUCAUAUUUAUGGAAAUGUUUUGUUUUUUAUGCUAUUUCUUUGUAAUAUGUGGGAUCUUUUAAAGUUUGUAGUAUUAAUUGUAUGAUAGAUCAAUUGUAAAUUACAGUUAGCUCAAUUGUAGUAAUCAAAGGUAAACUGACAAUUAUGAAGUUAACUGCUCUGCAUUUGUUUUUGUUGAUUUAUUAUUAAAAUUAAUUUCAAGAUGUGUGUUUUUUGAGUUAUAUGAUGGUUUCAAAGUUGCAGUUAGGUUACAGUAAAUCAGCUUGAUUCUAUGGAGGAAAUUGAUGUUUUAUUUUCAUAAUUGGUUUUGCUAUAUUUUUGUUAAUAAGUGAUUGUUAUUUUUUGGUAAUGUUUUUUCAAAAAAUAUUUUCUGUCUUCAAUUAAUAAUUCAAAAUAUUAUUUUUUGUUCAUUAUUUAUAUUUUGUCUCAUAUUCUCUCUUUUUGUUUAUUCUUUUUCUGUUGCCUACUGUGUUCUUCUAAAAUAUCAUGCUUGUAAUGAUUGAUUUGAUUUUCUUAUCAGUGCAUAUGGAUUUCUUGUAAGGGGUAAGAGAUUAUUUCAUGAUAAUGUUUUUUUUUCAUGGUAGUUAAGAUCAUUAUAUUCUUUUGUAAGUUUACUGAGAACUGUUUUUGAAUGUUUUUGUGAAAUUAAAUAAACGUCAAACAUAUUGUUAUUUA